AUGUUGGAGCAACUUGCACAUCUAGAUGGGGUUCCUUGGAGCUUGAAGCACACCAUUCUUGUUGAUAUGGGCGGAAUCGCUCUUCGAUUCAUCCCACCAAAGGAUACUCCAAAACCAGACCAGGCUGCACAGAGAAUAUUAGAGGAUCGCAACAACAUUCCCCCUUUCAUUAAGACUUUUUGUAGGAGACAGGGUCGACUUCUGAACUGGUGUGGAAAAAUUCCGUGGGAUUUGUGGGAACAUCAUGUUGAGCUUGCUUCCAAGAUGGAAAACUCCCCACAAGGACCGGCCAUAUCAGAAUCACGGGCAGAAUCGCAGGCAAAAUCAGCUUUCAGCGAAGCCGACGUCGCAGCAUUAGCCGGAAAUAUUUGGAUACUAGACUCCAAACAGUUUGCGAUCGCACGAUUUAGGGGAAUUAUUACACAAAUGCCGAAUAUCAAGGAAGAAGCGAUCGAUGAUAAAAGCAAAUCAGAUGGUCUAGUGAAAAUCAUUGCUGUACUACAGGUACUCUGGCUCGUCGUCCAGCUAAUAGUUCGAACCAUUGAGGAUCUGCACUUCACUCAACUGGAAAUCACUACAGUCGCCUUUGCUGCAACCGCAGUAAUCAUAUACAGCAUUGACUUUAUUAAACCUAAAGACGUCAACGUACCUUUCUACAUAGAUGUAGAGAAGGUCGUCGAGUACGAUGAUUUCGUGGCUAUUGCCGAAGCAGCUCCAUUUGCAUAUAUGCAGGGCAAGCGAUACUAUAUGCCAACUUCUACUUUGCACGACAUCAUUGACUACCGGCAUGAGGAUGUGUUUUCAGACCCCAAAUGUAGAAAGAAACCCGAUUUCGAAAACAACAGCCAAGAGAGCAAUCGCCUCUUGAGCAACGCACAAGACGGCAACACCCAAGAAGGCAACGCCCAGGAGCACAACAGCCAAGAGGUUGGUAGCCAAAAUGAAAACGACCAAAAGAAAACCUGUCCAAAUGGUACAGAAUGCAACAUCUGCUUGCAAUGGAAAAUAUUUAUAGACAGCUCGCGAUCUAAGAAUGACAGGUGUUGCUGGCGCAACCCUUACAAACUUUCCCCGAGUGCAGCUGACAUUUUCUCGCUGAUGAUUGGAUUCGCGUCGGCCACUUCGUUUGGAGGUGUCCACCUCUUUGCAUGGAAUUCUGACUUUCCCACAGACGUUGAGAGGCUUUUGUGGCAAAUCUCAGCUCUAAUGACCAUUGUCCUGCCUUACAUUUACAUUGGUACCCAUAUACGUUAUAUCGGAUACACGGUAGCAGACAUCAGACAGAAAAAGAAAACGCUAAUGAACAUUGUUCUCGGGUGUAUUGCAAUAUGCUAUAUCUCUUGUCGGCUUUUCCUCGUCACUGGAAGCUUCAGGGCGCUGUACUUUCUUCCUUCUGAAGCCUUCAAGGCGACACCAGCGGUUAUGAGCAUUCCUCACUUGGGAUAA